UCACCAGCAGUUUGUUGAGUUUGAGAACUGAGCCUCUAACUAACUUGUUUCCUCAUCAUCCGUCUCGAGACCUUUCGAUCGGCUCGUGGUCGGAUCGAUCGGAGCUGAUCGGAUCGAUGGAUUAGAGGAGAGCUGCAUCAGAGACAUGGCGGUGUGUGUGCUGCUGUGUGUGCUCAGUGUGUUGGGCUGGGCUCACGGUUCAUCAAGUGACCACGCCCACCUGGACCAGCACCAUCACCUGGUGCCCGCCUCAGGUGACCGUGUCCUCGGCGGUGCAGACCUGUGUGUGAUCGACAGGCCUCUCUGUGAGGACCAGAACUCUCUGCUGAGCUUCCAGUCGAUCUGCAGCAUCCACCAGCUGAUGGACGACGACGCCGACGGCUCGGUGGACACGACGGAGACGGACGAGUUCCUCAGGGAGGACCUGAUGUCCCACGACCCCAAAGCCAAGCACAGCAGCUUCCACCGGGCCGACCUGCACAUCAGCGUAGAGGACAUGUGGGCGGCCUGGAAGGGCUCCACGGUGUAUAACUGGACGGGGCAGCAGGUGGAGGACUGGCUGCUCCUCAGUGUGGAGCUUCCUCAGUACACAGAAACCUUCAAAAAACACCAGCUGGACGGGAAGGCCUUACCCAGGCUGGCGGUGAAGAACACCACCCUCACCGUGGUGGUGCUGAAGGUUCUGGACAGAAGUCACGCUCAGAAGCUGCAGCUCAAAGCGCUGGACAUCGUUCUGUUUGGACCUCCACCAGCCCGUCACAGCCUCUUGAAGGACCUGGUUCUGACCGUGUCCGUCGUCAUGGCGAUGGCCGGCUGCUGGUUCGCCCUCGUCCAAACCAGACGGUCCAGAGACGACCUGGGGAGGCUGCUGAAGGACCUGGAGGGUCUGCAGAGGGCCGAGCAGAGCCUGCUGGACCUGCAGCUGCAGCUGCAGCGGGCGCAGGAGGAGCAGCGCAGCGUGCGGGUGGAGAAGCUGAAGGUGGAGGAGGAGCUGCGGAGCGAGAUCGACUCGGCCAAGCAGGAAGCCCGGCGGCUCCGAGACCUCCGGCGGGGAGCCGGCAACGAGAGGAGCCGGCGGGGAGCCGGCAACGAGAGGAGCCGGCAGAAGUACGCCGAGGAGGAGCUGGACCAGGUGCGCACGGCGCUCAGGAAGGCGGAGCGGGAGCUGGAGUCGCGGGCGCAGUGGGCGGCGCCGGACGGCCUGCAGACGUGGCUGCAGCUGACCCACGAGGUGGAGGUCCAGAACUACACCCUCAAGAAGCAGAGCGCAGAGAGGCAGCUGCUGCAGGCCCGAGAGGGGGCUGAGAAGAUCAAGAAGAAGAGGAGCUCUCUGUUCGGGACGUUCCACGUGGCUCACAGCUCGUCGCUGGACGACGUCGACCACAAGAUCCUGUCGGCCAAACAGGCCCUGGCCGAGGUGACGGCGGCCCUGAGGGAGCAGCUGCACCGCUGGCAGCAGCUGGAGGCGCUGACGGGCUUCGGCCUGGUCAGCAACCCGGGGCUGGGCGCGCUGGCCGCCGCCCUCAACCUGGACCCGGCCUUCCUGGGCCUGCGACCUCCGACCCCGCAGCACCUGCUGCUGUCCGACGACCUGGACGACCUGGACGAGGACAUCAUGUCUCCUGGGACGCUGCAGUACGCAGCGUGGCAGAUGGACCGGCGAGUGAGCGACCUCUGGCCCCUGAGUGGCAUCGCAGACACCCAGUCACCAUGGAAGCACUCUGCUCAGAGCCUGAUGCCCCUGCGACAGAGGAUGGUAGACCCCGGUUUGACCUUCAGCUCUCAGAGGGACAUCGUGAACCUCUCGGACUCUGACUCCGCCUUCCCGCUCUCUCACGGCGAAUCACGAGGCUCGUACGGCUCCAAGCCCCUCCUCCUCUCGUCCAGGCUCCACCCCUCGCAGUUUCAAGGCUCCGGGUUCGGCGGCCUGGAGAAGAGCUCCAGCCUCGGGGAGCUGAGGGGCGGCGGCCUCGUCCCCGACCCCGCCCCCGCCGCCGCCGUCCUCGCCUCCUCGAGCUCCACCCGCUCCCUCUGCGUCGCGUCCGCCGCCGCCGGCCCGAUCCCCGCGGACGAGGACGCCGGAGACGAGAGCGAGUCGUCCGUCAGCCGGAGGAGAAACGCCUUCAACAAGGUCUUCAAGAAGAAGCAGGGGCGCCACUGAGCCGCCGCCCGCCGGACGCUCUUACGCAACUCUUCUGGCAAUGCAUCUUUUUUCUCUCUCCGUUAAACUUGUGAAGAUCCAACGUGGCGUAACGAGGCAGGAAGUAGGACACGGGACACGCCUCCCACGCCCACCAACGAAGAAGAACGUCCAUCUGGAGUCAAACUGACCAUAAGGCAGGGUACGCUUCAGGGCGGGGCUACACACUGAUUGACAGGUCGACAUACGCCGUCUGUCCGUCACUUCCUGUAUGUAACUUCCUGUCCGUCUUGUACGCUCGUUGCACAAAAAACAAGAUGGCCGAACUGGCGGCUUCAAAACAUCGGCCUAUUAACCGACGUCCACUUCCUGUAAAGUGUCGUGGGACCGGCAGACCUCCACGGCGGCGCCCUUUCAGUUCACGGCCAUCAGGUGCAUGCUGGGAACUCCCGCGGUCUUCAGUGUAUCUCACGGUUCACGUGUAUCAGAGUUUAUGAUGCUAUGGAGGUUCAGUGGUUGAAGGUUGACGGGCUUUUAUUUUGGUGACGGUUUUACCACAAAGUCGUUUCUGAUCAUUUAUGGUUUCAGACCGUUGCCAGAAAUAAAAGUCAAACCUUUGAGUCUCAGAUAAUUUACGACUUUCAGCUGUUUUAUGACGUUAAACUGAACAUUUUGGGCGUUUUGGACCAAAACCGAAGCCGACGAUCUCGUCCGGUUCCAAACACAAACAUCAGAGAUUCAAAGUUCAUGGUUGUUUUCUAGGUCGCUUCCUUCACUGAUUCUCAGUUUGAUGUUCACCUGUAGAAGAAAUGUUUUAGUUAGAAGUCGAGUGUGUCACACACACACACACACACACACACUCAGCUGGUGUGUGUGUGUGUGUUUUCUGAGACAGGAUGUGAAGCUUAACUUUAACUUUAUUUACUCUGAACACAAACAAGUGUCACAAAGUGUUUAUUUAAGGAGCUGCGACGUGCGGACUCAAUUACCCAGAAUGCCUGUCACCUGUGCCCUGAAGCUGAACUCGCACGUCGCCACAGCCUGCAGGAGUUUCAUCCGUGUGUUUCUAUUUAUGAACCUGAAGAAGAGUUUGCAAUAAACAAACGUUGAUGUUGA